UAUUUGCUCGAAAAUCACGUUUUAGACGAGUUUUGAGGACGCUGUAUCUUCUUUCAGGGACAAGCUAGCACCAUACUCUCUUCGGGAAAGUUGCAGAGCACCUUCCAGAGCAUUCGAAUAUGAAUCCAGUUUUAGUACAGCGUGAAACGUGGAUUUUAUAAAUAUCAAAAUCCAAAAAAAUGGGUUUUCCCAUACAAAUUUAUAUGGAAAAUUGAUUCGCUUUGCGCAAAGUGAGGACUAAACCAAUCGUUCCCAAACUUUGGGGAGUUGUUUAGGACCCCAAAAGGAACUGAAAAAUUGCUGUGCUGGAAAAUCGAUUUUGAUAUUACACCCUACUGAAGCAUACGUCACAAAAGUUCGCUACGUGCUUCGAGAUUUCAAACAAUCAGAAUGUGGGUCAAAAAUAGGCACAUUGAAGGUCGAAGCUAUAGACCCAAAAAAGGACAAAAAUUGAUUCAGUUUUUCGAUCUGAUAUACCAUUUUCGUCGUCAAUUUAUCUGAUAAGCACAUCAUAAAUCCUUUUAUUCCAUAUUUAUUAGCGUCUGCUCGGCAGGAAGUUCACCCACGCCACCGAUUUACCGCUGCAUCAUCGAUUUUCGUUAAGGGGUUGCAUUUUAUUUAAAAACAUUACAUAAUAACGUUUUUUUGGAGUAAAAUCAAUGUGAUUAUUCAAAAACUGAAAACUUCACACAGCCAGUAAAUUUUAAGAAUUUUUUUCCAUGUCUACAUAGAUCCCCCAAAAUUAAUUUCCGGAUAAACAACAUACUUUACUGAUGCCCCUCCACAUCCCUUCUCUUCCAAUACCUACUUUCAGAGGCAAAUUUCGCAAAUGAAAUCUCCAUAAUCGGGUUAAAAUAUAAAAUUGCACCGCUGGUUAAAAACGGGACUCCGUAUACAGAAACUGAUAAAAACCUGAAAAACGAAAGGCUAAGAAAAAAUAAAACCAUUCCAUAAUUUCUUUGAUAAUGAUAAUCAUUAUAUUGGCGCUUGUUUGCUGUUUUGUGGUGCUACAUCACAUAAACAUUAAUCAAUUUGCGCAUUUGAAAUCUUUCAUUCUUUAAAAAACAGUAACUUUUCUAAAUACGUUCAAAUCUCCGUUAAUCCAUGGCAAUUUCAACUGCAGCAAUUGCAUUUAUAUGGCGUGCAGUCACGCGAAAAAUUAAUUCAAUUCAUCACAAGUGUCCCGUUUCGUCAGUCUGUGAUUCAUUUCGCUCGGAAUAAAUUGCCACAACAGGGAUAAACGUGGCCACACAGGGCUUACCAUGCGACACUCCGCAAACCAAACAGAAGGCUUCAUUUUUGGCGAGUAAUGAUAUAAUGGACUACAGUGAUAUUCCGCUCGUAAGACACUUUUUUUAUUUUAACACUUUUGCAAACGAUUGUUUAAAGUCGAGUUCAAAUAGUAAUGAAACUCCAGAAACGAAACAAUAAUCACUGUCCAGUUAACAAGGUCACUCCAUGCUCUUUUGCGGUAAAUCCCGCAGUGGCCAUCUCGCGGUUCCCGUCGGUGGCACACAAAUAUUGAGGGCACACACUCCCUGAAAUGCGGUCAAGUGAUGAACGGCUUAGAUCAGGACUCAGAUUCAAAUUUAAUUAUAGCCUCUAUUACUGGUUUAAUUAAAUUUAUCUCAAAUCUCAACCGCGGAAACGUCACAUCCGUCCGGGCCUCACCAUGCUGGUUGCCACUUUAGGUGCUGGUGCUAUUUUAUACGUUGUUGAGGUAGAAGUAGAUUUAAAUGUCGAAGGGACUGGUUUACAAUGUGGUUCGAGUCACUGGGUUUGGAUUUAUGAGUUAGUUUGUCGUCAACUAUCCGCUUUGUAUCCGGUUCAAUGGAAACUGAUGUUAUGUGCGAUUCCUCUUAUGGAAAUGUUGAAAACUUGUUGAAAAAAUGUGUUUGGUUAUUUUUCUCAAGAAACAAGAGAAUUUCUUUAAAUAUAAGGCAAAAAAAGGGAAGGUAGUGUUGUCACAAGCUAAACCUUACCAUGACACUUUAGGGAAGGCGACCUAUGGAUUCCAUAGUAUGGAAUGUUAACAUUAACCGUCAUAUGUUAACCCUCUACAACCCAACCCCGCCUUUAGACGGGCUUUGAUCUAAAAAAUCACCAAAAAUCUAUUUUUCAACAAAUUUUUGAUAUUUAAACAGCAUUGGAAAGAAUAAUAAUAUGUGUUUUUUACUAAAAUUUCUUAUAUUUUAAGUAGAAAGAAGUAUGCAAUGAUUUUAGUAGUGUCCCAGACUACGCUUGUACGCAUUUUUGGCAAUUUAAAUGAUAAUUCUGGAAAAUGUGGAAAACAAGCAAAAUAUUGAAAAAGUGGCUGUAAAAACAUGAAAAAAAUAGAUAGGCAAAUGGUAAAAUAGGCCAAAUACUACCAAAACAAAGAUAAACUAAACAUGAUAAAUGCAAAUUCAAAUACUAAACAUAAAACAAGAAAAACGUAAAACAAGAGAAGUAAAGUUUUCCGUAAAACAAAACUUGCUCAAAAUGACCUCCUGAACACGGGAAAAAUAAAAAUGUUUGGAAAAAAUUGGGCGGUAGAGGGUUAACAUUAAGGUAAUAGCCACUGAAUUCGCUUUGUAAAUGCGGCCCGAUACUCUUCAUGGGUCAUGGGAAAAAAUCACUAUUACAAACCAUACCGUCUCUUUCGAAACAUUCUGUCAUCAUUGCCAAGUUCUGCAAAGAUAAGGGUGCUAGUACACACUAUUACAUAUAAAAGUUGAAACAAAAAUUAAAUUGAUUAGAAUUUAUAGCAAAGAAAACCAACAUCCCGACAUGAAACUCAGCAUAGAGCUGAGCAAUUUAUGCAAGCGUAAAGAUCACACAAACUCAGUUGAUAACGAGUGAUCAUGUGGAGCGUUUCACCUUUUUUACAGUUUUUCGCAAUAGUCCUCUUAAUUGAUGGUGCAUUCGGAACAUUAUGCGGUUCUCCAAAAACAUCUCAGCAUGGUCCAAACUAUCGUAGCUGGCAGGUCUCGAUCGUCUACGGUGGCCAGCGGGACCAGUUCAAUCCGCUGCAGUGCAGUGGGACCAUUCUGAACGAUCGAUUCGUUAUUACGGCCGCUCACUGUUUGCAUGAUUUGAACGGUGAUCCGGUUCCGUUGCCGAUGCUCCAGAUCCAAUCCGCCAACAAUUUGGCCAUCAGCAGAUCGAUCGCAAGGGUGUACCACCCCAAGAAGUUCAACGUAGAGCGUUUAGAUGAUGACGUCAUUUUGUUGAAGCUAGAUCGACCAUUUUUGUUCAACAGCUACGUUUCGCCAAUCUGUUUUAAUUCUACUAAACUUGUGAGCCCUGAAAUCUAUGCUCUAGGCGAGAGUCAUCUAGAGCCGGAAUCAGAACUGAGCGUUGUAGAUUUCAGCACAUUACCGACUGCCAAUUGUAACGUAAUAAACAGUGAAAUAUUCGAUGCAACCUUUGGAAAUUCGCUUUGUGUCGGUGAAUUCGAUGCUUCCCAGACGUACCACAGAAAGGCAGGUAUGGCCCUGAUGAUCAGAGCAAACGAUACCUUGUAUAUCGGAGGAGUUGUACUGUAUACAACUGGCUCAUCACAAGGCAACAUUUCCUUUGCUGGAGGAAUCAAUCUUGAGCCGUAUGCAGUCUGGAUAGACACGACGAUCAAUCGUCACCUGAGACUGAGUGUUAGUGAACAGAAAUGUCAAGAGUACAGCGCAGUUGCAGCCACCAAAGAAGUAACCAUGUGGAUACCGACAGUGGUGCUUCUGGACGAGAGUUUCGACUUUUUCAAGCCGCUGUGUUUUGCGAACUUCAUCAGUGAGCACUUUUUGCUAACGGCGGCAAAGUGUAAAUCCGCAACAAGAUCAGUUUUCAUUCAACAUUACGUAUGGGAUACGGAGAAAAUCACUGAAUUUGAAUUUUACACAAUACCAUCUGAACCAAAUGGAAUAGCACUUGUACAAAUUCCUGACCAACCCCGCAAGUUCAACCAGCUAAUAAACUGCCUCUGGACCGAGGAAGACACUCCAGUGAAAUUCGUAUCCCAAGUCAAACACGCCCUUGGUUACCACAUGGAGGACUACUUCCGGGCAGAAUACGUCCCAACGAAGCCCAUCAAGCUGGUGGACAUCAAGCAUUGCAGCGUUAUUGAGUCGAUGAGGAUCCAAUCGGCACCUGGGGACGUCGUGGCGGUUUUGGCAGUUGUUACGAGCGUUCUGUGAGGAGCAUCGUAGAGAAAAUCGACUGGAUAGAAAGCAUUGUGUGGGGGUAGAGCUAGGGCUUAAAAUGAUCAAUCGAUUAAAUCUAGUUCACUCUUUCGAGUUGAAACAUGUUUAAGCUGUUGAGUUAUCGGAAAUGUAUGGGUUAAAACAGAGCCGUAUUAUUAAACUGAUGGCUUUUUAAAACGUUUCGUCGGUCAGUUUUCACAAGUCAUGGCGGUGAAAUAUUUGGCGGGUAUCAAUAAUAUCUUAUUUGCCAAAUGUCAGCCUGACAUGGCCGCUAAAUUUGUGCGAUAGAUUGUUUAAAAAAAAAACUCCAAAAUUAUCAACUUAACAGUGCCAGUGUGAAUUGGAAAUGUUUUAUUAUGUCGUUCUAAUGUUAAAUAGGUUAAAUACGAUUCUUCUUUGUUGUGACAGAUAUCAAACAGAUAAGAGCUGUCAAAAUUGGCUGAAAAAACAUGUUUGAAUAAAUUCAACAACUGUUGAAGAUGGAAAGCGACUAAUGUUUUUGUUUGUUAUAUUUCCUCUUAAAUACUUAAAUGAAUACUUUCGCUCUAAUAAAUUUCAUUUUAACCCACCGGCAGUUGCAUACGUGUACUUUGUACACACUUUGUAAGGGCAAUUAUAUGAAACGCGACUUCCGAAAGGUUAAAUACAUGUUGCCGAAGCAUACCUUUUACAAGCUCCCAUUGAACUCUACUUCUUUCUUCUAUUGAAAUACUAUUUCAACCACUUUAUAUACUGACCUUUUUAUCGUGGCAUUGAUUUUUAACAUUAAGAUGCCUCUGUUAUGCUCUCUUAUGCUAACUAGUUAGGAAAACCAAUCAAUCGGGACGAUUCCUGUUUCCAGUGAUUUGUAAGAAUGUCUAGAUAUGGAGUUUUUUUUUUUAAAGUCCAAUAAACUAAAUUUUCAGUUUUUGCUUUUAAGUGUUUUGCCUUCCUCACCUUACUGAGGAAAGGCUAUAAAAUCACUCGAAAACUGAACUUCUCAAUUAGACCUCCUAGACCCAUCUUCAUGUAUACCUAUCGACUCAGAAUCGAAUUCUGAGCAAAUGUCUGUGUGUGUGGUGGGAUGUUGAUCAAAAAAUUGUCACUCGAUUAUCUCGACAUUGCGUGAACCGAUUUUGUCCGUUUUGGCGUCAUUCGAUCCGUUUUGGGGUCCCAUAAGUCGCUAUUAAAAAUUAUGCAGUUUAGUUAAGUACUUCAAAAGUUAUGCUAAAAAAACGAUUUUGACAAAAGUCUGGAAGAUUGUAAAAAGGGUGGUUUUUGUAAGAAACCCCGGCAUGUUAUACAUUUUUAGAAAGGUAUUUAAAAGACCUUUCCAACGCGACCUAUACAUUGAAGAUCUGAUAACCCUAUCAAAAGUUAUUAGCACUUAAGUGUUAUUUAUGCACUUUUUGGAAGCCGGAUCUCAGAUAUCACGAUGAAAACGUUGUCCGGAUCUAUCAUGCAACCCGUCGUUGAACAGGUAAUCAAAAGACCUUUCCAACGCGUCCAAAACAAUGAAGAUCUGAUAACCCUAUCCAAAGUUAUAAGCACUUAAGUGUUAUUUAUACACUUUUUGGAGGCCAGUUCUCAGAUAUUUAGAUGAAAACGUAUUCCAAAUAUAUCAUGCGACCUAUCUUUGGAUAGGUAAUUAAAUGACCUUCCCACGAGCGUGUCUAUUUUGGAUAGCAUUACCCUUUGAAUGAGAGGAAGGCACCAACCACCUAAGGGUGGAUUAAGUAACGUUUUUUUAAUAUCCCUGACUCAAGGCGUUUUCAAAAACACCCAAAAACAAAAAUUGAAAAUUUGGUUUAUUGGACCUUUUCAAAAAAAACUUCAGAGAUGAUCCUUAAAUUUUGCAGAACUUGAUUUGAACAAAUCUGUAAUUUCUGCAACCGAAAACCACGUUCCACCUUUUUUAAAACGACUGCUUCCGCGGAAUUUUUGGCUAAUUUUUUAAACGCUGAAAAAAAGUAGAUCGCAAUUACAGAUUUGAUCAAAUUGAGUUAUGCAAAGUUCUAGCAUCAUCUAGACCUAACAAAUCACUGGAAAAAAGAAUCGUCUUGGUUGGCCGAGUUAUGCCCGAGAACCAGCGAGUUGAAGUUACCGUUCCAACGUUCGUUCCGCUGGUGUAUCGAGUUACCUCAAAUCAUUUUCUGAGUGCCAACCUAGUGAGAAAUGUAAGGCCAAUGCAGUUCUGAUCGUUUUGACGAUCAGACUGCAUCGGCCUUACAUUUCUCACCUGUCUGGGACUCAGCAAAAGGUUUUAGAUAACUUAAUACAUCAGUGGAACGAGGCACUCAUUAAUUAAAUUUCAAAAUCAAAGCUCCGAUAAAAAGGUCAAUUUUAUCAUAGAAAGGGCCAGUACGCAGCUCCAAAUAGAAAGCGAUCUUGAAAAAGCUAUACGAACAGCAAAAAAAGAGGGAAAAAGGGGGCAUUUUCUUCACCCUCUCUAGCUUGCUUUCGCUGCCACUGCUGCCCAUAUGAAAUUUUCCUUGACCACUAACGUCAGAUGGCAAUCUCCAAACAGCCAGGUGCAGAUAUGGUGGAUUUGUUUCUGAUUAAAUUAAACAACGAAUAAAAUUAUUAAUCACAUACUUUA